AUGGAGCUCGGUGCAUCCUCAUUCAGCGAUCUUACAGACAAAGUCACCCACUUGAUUGCUGUCGAGCCUGGGAGCGCGAAAUACAAGUGUGCUCUCGGAAACAGAAUUCCUAUAAUGCAUCCAUCCUGGAUCACGGAUUCCUACGAGAUAUGGCUAAGGGGGGAUGAUGUUGACGUGCAAGAGAGCAUCGAAUCUCAUCGACUUCCCGUCUUCUCUGGAGUAGUCCUAGCCGUUUCUGGAAUCGAAGACCUCGAGCAGCGCAUGGACAUCAACCGGCUCGUCACGGAGAAUGGAGGCACCAAGAAUGAGGAGAUGACAGACAAAAUGCGUUAUGCCGAGAAGUUCAAUAAGCACGGCGAAGCGAACAUCCACAUCAUCUGGGAGGAAUGGUUUUGGGACUCACUAGAUUUUGGUGGCAGGUUUGAUGAGGAGACUUACAAGGUGUCCAAUCCGCCGCCACAAAGGAAGCUAUUGCCCGAGACGGGAACUCCUCCGCCCUCCUCGUCCCCUCUGAAUGAUGUAGCAUCGCUCGCUUCAGCCGACAAGUCGGGGUCCCUCGAUUCGCUUCCCGUAGGUGAUGACGACGAGGAAGAGAUUGCCUCGGGCAGACAUGUUCCCUCCGAGAUGCUCCAGAUCUGGGGAAGCCUGCUCAAACCUCGCGGGUUCGAGGUCGCGAAUGGCAGGUUGGUUCACAGUCCCACCAAAUCGCAAAACACGCGCGCUCGAAGUACCACGCGAGAGCCUUCUCCCUUAGGGAGCAAAGUUGAGCGGAUGGCGGCGAGGAAGCCAAGUAGCGCCGGAGAUCCUCCACCCGCCCCGAAGAGCGCAUUGUCAACGUUCAGACGCACGAACUCUUUUGCACCGGCAGCGAAAGAUGCUCCGACGGCGCGCCAGCUCUUCAAACGACCGCCCCCUGUGGGGCCGUCUUCUUCAUUCAUGGCCUAUCCUUCGGGGGUGGCUGAUGUUGAAAUGCAUCGAGAUGGUGGUGAUGCAGCGCCUGUAGCCUCUUCGUCUACCACGGGCGUCCGCACUGCAGUCAGGGCAUCCAACAUAUUCGCUGGGAAAACAUUCCGCGCCCUCGGCGAGGCAAAGGGAAUGUCCGUAAAGGCCGCAGUGGAGGAAUGUGGAGGACGUCUCGUCUCUGAGGUCGCAGACGAAGACGUUGACUACAUUGUUGUGCGAUUGGUCAGCGGAAGCAGUUUUUUCCAGCAAGAAACAGACCCCGGGGAACGGCUCAAGUACCGGACCGAAUGCUGGCUGGAGCAGUGCAUUUUCGACGAGCGGAUAUGCGCGCCUGGGGAGCACCUUGCCUUCACUCCGCUGAGCACACCCAGUCCUGUUUCUGGGGCCGAGCACAUAAAUCUCAGCUACUCUGGCCUGGAUCAUUCGGAAGCAUGCUGGAUUCGUCGAUUAGCUCGAGCGAUAGGUGCGAAUAUCGCUCCUAAUUUUUCUCUGCGUUCGACGCACCUCCUGUGUCCUUCGGGCUCUGGUCCGAAGGUUGAGAAAGCGCGUGAAUGGAGCAUUCCCGUCGUCAACAUGUCGUGGCUGGCUGAUAUCACUAGGACGGGGUCUAUACCGCCGGUGCAAAUCCGUGUCCGUGAAGGCGUGUCGAUCGACGAUCUAAUUCCCGCCCCACUCGCGCUGGAGCGUGGGGGCGCUAUGAACGUAGAUCCAGUCAAGGUCGACCGCAAGGGCAAGGGUAAAGAGAAAGUAAGCGAACCAUCCGUGGCCGGCAGCACGAACAGUGGGCAGAGCGAUGCAGGAGACUCGAAGCAUGCUGAACAUGGUCCAGCCAUCGACGAAUCUCACGACAGCUUCACUAUGUCUGAGGGAGGAAUGUCAGAGGUUCCUCUACGGCCAGUUGACACUGUUCCACUGGAGGAUGUUGCCGGCGGCGACGCCUCCCGCUAA